AUGAAGCGUGGAGUUCGAGCUUUCCUACUCUCGGGCCUUUGUUGCUUUGGGGCUUGUCUUCCUGGAAGCGAGCAGCAACAACAAAAAAGGACAGUGUCAUGCGAGGACCCCGUCGUUCGGAAGGAAUGGCGGUCGCUCUCCGAGGUAGAGCGAAGGUCGUACUUGGAUGCUGUCAAGUGUAUGAUGGAAAAGCCUGCGUGGACGUCUACCUCGGACCUUCCCGGCGUGGCGAACCAUUUUGAAGAUUUCUUGGGUGACCACAUUCUCCAGGCAGACACGAUGCAUUUCGUGGAGAUUCGCGAAUGCGGGUUUCAAGGAGGCCAACCAUACUGGGACUGGACUCUUGACGCCGACUCCUUGGAUGGGUUCCUCGCCUCCCCAAUCUUCGACCCCGAAACUGGCUUCGGGGGCAAUGGUGAAUGGGUUCCAGGGACUGUCGAUAACCCUGAGCCUGGCAUGGCUGUACACGUUACAUCAGCUUUCACCAUGUCUUUCGACGACCGUUCGGGAGGAGGCUGCAUUCCAAACGGACCGUUUGCGAACAUGACGAUUCACAUGGGUCCCGGUGUCAGCGUUGAGCCCACCGAGUAUUGCGUUCGACGCGAUUUCACCCCUUCAGCGUUCAUGACGCUCGGAAACAGCGCUGUCGUUUCUGAAAUGAUGGAAACCCCCGAUUUUGGCCAUUUCACGGACCAAAGUGAGAAGACCAUUCACUCUGCAGGACAUCCAGGGGUUGGGGGCAUCUACGGAACCCUGACAGACCUCUACUGUAGUCCGGGUGAUCCCUUGUUUUUCCUCCAUCAUGCCAACAUGGACCGUGCUUGGUGGUCCUGGCAGUCCCGGGACUUGGAAACCCGCCUGACUGAUAUAUCGGGGCCGAUUGUGCCUUAUGACAAGGAGAAUAGACUGGGAGGUAACUACACGCUAGAUCAUACUGUCCGGGCUGGGACAACGAGCAAUGUAACAGUUGCUAUCAGAUCUUUGAUGGACAUUGAGGCUGAGGUUUUGUGUUACACCUAUAACACAAUCUACUAA